UAGCGGAGGAGACGCGGGGAGAGUGGAGAGAGGAGAGUCCAGGGGAGAGUGGAGAGAGAGCGAGGAGAGAGAGAGUCCAGGGGAGAGUGGAGAGUGCAGGGGGGAGUGGAGAGAGAGUGCAGUGGAGAGUGGAGGGGAGAGUGCAGUGGAGAGUCGAGGGGAGCGAGGAGAGAGUGGAGAGAGAGCGAGGAGAGAGAGUCCAGGGGAGAGUCGAGAGUGGAGAGAGUGCAGGGGAGAGUCGAGUGAAGCGUCGAGAGAGAGCGUGGAGAGAGUCGAGAGAGAGCGAGGAGGGAUAGAGAGUAGAGGAGAGUAGAUAGAUUGGCGGGGAGAGAGCGAGGAGAGAGAUAAUCCAGGGGAGAGAGCGAGGAGAGAGUCCAGGGGAGAGUGGAGAGAGAGUAGAGGAGAGAUAUUGGCGGUGAGAGUGCGAGAGAGGGGCGAGGGAGGCGGCACGCUUACGGGAGGAGCAGGCGAGGCGAGCUCUGAGUCGGGAGAAGACUCUGGGGGUGGUGGUGGUGGUGGCUGUGUGGGUAGGAGGGAGACGAGAGGCCUCUAGCAGCGGCGGCGGCAGGAGAUAGGCGGGGAGAGGCGCACGGGGGUUGUGGUGGUGGUGGUAGUGGAUAGUGGUGCUGGUAGUGGUGGUGGUGGUAGUGGUGGGUGGUAGUAGACGGUAGUGGUGGUGGUAGUGGUGGGUGGUCGUGGUGGUAGUGCUGGUAGUGGUGGUGGUAGUGGUGGGUGGUCGUGGUGGUGGUGGGUGGUAGUGGUGGUAGUAGUGGGUAGUGGUGCUGGUAGUAGUGGUGGUGGGUGGUGGUGUUCUCGUCGGAAUAUUCGGGAGAGGCGGCGGGGGGAGGAGGGGGAGACGCCGCGUGGACGCGAUGCCGGCACCGCCGCCGCUUCUCGUCUUCGCCCUGCUCUGCUUUGUGGCCGCCCACGGCGAAGUCUCCGCAGACCGCGAGUGCCUGGGCUACUCGGACAAGAAUGGAACAUUCCACCGUGGCAUCAACUGCAUCUUCCCCGAGUCGUGCUGCGGCAGCUGCUACCAGCGCUCGUGCUGCUCCGUGUCCAGCCAGCGCAUCUCCGAGCGCAUGCAGAAGCACUGCACCUACUUCGCCGUGAACCCCGGAACGGUCGCCGGGAUCGCGUCUAGCAUCUUCGUCUUCCUCGUCAUCGUCAUCACCGCCAUCUGCUGCUUCAUGUGCUCCUGCUGCUUCAUCCGACGCUGGCGUCAGGGAAACCUCCGCUCCUACACCACCGCUGAGCACAUGCAGCUCAACAUGCAGCCGGGACCCGGACAGAGCGCCUACCCCCAGCAGCCCCCGAUGGGGCCCCCACCGGCCCAGCCGUACCCCGCCUACCCAAUGGGGCCCGUCUACCCCGCAGGGCCCGGUUACCCCCAGGGGCCCGGUUACCCCCAGGGGCCCGGGUACCCCCAGGGGCCCGGGUACCCCCAGCAGGGGCCUACUUACAACCCCCAGGGGCCCCCGUACCAGCCGUACCCCAUGGCGCCGCCCUCCUACGACUCGGCCAUGGCUCCUCAGCCACCAUACCCGGUGCACCCCACCUACCACCAGGGCUACGCGUCAGCGCCCGACAAAGCCAUGUGAAGCUCAUCGCCCGGCCGCUCGCUCGCCCGCCCGCCUGGCAACCUGUGAACCCACCUGCUAGCCCACACGCCUGCUGGCUCGCUCGCUCGCACACGGCUCACACAGUCCAACCAUGCCCACCAAACACGCAAGCUCAUCGCUCGUGGUUUCAUUUAUUUAUCUUGACCCCCCCCCCCCCACACACCGCUCCUUAUCGUGGUGGUUCGCAUCACCGCGCCGCCAAUUGCCACCCGCGCACAGGGUUCGGGGGUUAGCGACCGGAUCGGCAUGAGAGCUCGUGACCGUCUUGUGUUGGGAUUAAUUUCUUCACUGAGUAUUCUCCGGGUCGCUGGUAUAGACGGGCGCUGAUAUCAUGUGCCGAGUAGUAGUGAUAGCCAUAGUGAGGCAUACUGGAUGCGGUGUCCCGGCUGUGGAAAUAUUUUCUUGGUCACCAACCCACACAGACCCGGCCGACUAAGCCCCUGGUCAUAGUUCACAGCCGACCCCCACCCACCACAAUGCCAGCCCGGUCGUAACGUUUCCACGGCAUGGGUCGCCGCUGUCAACCGGGGCUAGUCCUUCCCACCAAUCGUGGCUGUCUCUAUUUCGCCGAGCGACCUGCACACCGCUUGUGGUAUUAAAAUGAAAGUUGAGUUGUUUUGGAAUUUCACUUUGCGGGCGUCUUGAACGCCUCCCUCUCCACCACGCCGGUCGUUCCUCCGGGUGGCCGAGCAUCGGCACCGAGUGCCCGUGAGGUUUCUCGGGAGGGGGCAGGUGUUGCGUCGUGUUCUUGCGGCUCCGACCCACGCCUCGCUGGGCUCUGGGCGGACCUGUACGUUGUUUGCCCUUGAAUGUAUUGCAUGCGUGUAGGGGUUUUGUUGAUCGACUUGGUGAUGCAUUUUUUGUGCCAGCGUUGAUUUCCCUAGCGGGAUCGGUGGUGAUGUCAUAUUCGUCACGCGUAUUUGUUUUUACCUUAGUUGACGAUUACCAGAUGCCUGCCGAGUCGGAGGCGGCUUUAGAAACUUCCCAAACAUUGGGAGGGGCGGCAGUCCGUGCGUUCUCAGAAUGCCGAGCAUUUUUUAUAAAAUAUGGCCCAACAAAGGUAAAGUAACACAUUAAAUACAACAAUUUCUGAUAUCAAUAAAUUACAACUCUUUGGGGUCUCACGGAGGGGGCAAUCACCCCCCCCCCCCCACUGGUUUUGUCACGGCUUGCGAGCGGAGGAAAUAUUUGCGGAGCGUGGCAAUGGCCAAGUCUACGCCCUCCUAGAGCCGCCAGUGUGCGCCUCCUGCCGCUCCUCCCGCUGCUGCUGCUGCAGCUGCUGUAGCUGGUGCAGCUGCUGCUGCAGCUGGUGCAGCUGCAGCAGCUGGUGCAGUGGUGGUGGCGGCAGUGGCGCACCGCCGGGAGAGGAAACCAGCGAGGGUGCAGACGCAGGCGAAGACCGUCGCCUUGUCAGUCAGAGCGUGCCAAGUGCGCCGAGGACGAACCGGCAUGGUUAGUUGGCUGUGUCUAUAUUUAAAGGUUUAUCGUGUUUGGCAUUUGGCUGACCUGAUGAUAUUAUUUAGUUUUUAAAUGUGAGGGUGAGGGGCGACAAACACUAAAUGGCUGCUCUAGUCAGCCAGACACCCGAGAAGGACGACUCGUGGACGAACUUGACUCUUAAACUCCACAGCCUGUCGACGGCCAGACUGGAAUUCCCUGCCAUCGUCUAUUUUUCCAGCAUGUGGAGCGAAACGUCGGACGACGCGCCGGGCCAAACAACGCGCAGUGCAACCUAAUGCAUGAGGGGGGGGGGGGGGGGGGGGGGGCGGAAAGCGAUCCAUGUUGGGAUGUACCUGGACCUGCCCAUAGUACUGCUGAUGGUUUUUUACGAACAUUCAUUAUAUUGAACGCGAUAUACAUUGCGGAGGUAUCUAUUUUUGGAGUUGUAAUGCAUGUCGUACAUCGUGCAAGAUCGUGGGAGAUGCCAGCAGCUUUGUGAGGCCUUCAUCCAGCAGUGGACUGACCAUGGCUGAUGAUGAAUGCAAAUCUUGGUUGGCUAUGGCCAGGCCGUCGAUCGCCCGGCCGAAGAAAGGAGGUUCAGACCAGCACGCUGUUCAGCCCAUCAUCGUGUCCCGGUGGUCGCUAAACUUGUACUACUUUGCAGGAAUUCGACUGGCUCGGGAUCGCGAGUGGACGUGAGCGCUGCUCCAAACUUAGCAGGGGACGUCUGUGGUGCUCUUGAUAACUCACGGCGGCGUCUCAUGGCCCCAGAGUAGCGGAGGCGCUUUUGUUGAGAGUGACGAUGCGGGCUAAGUGGGGAUCUGCUGAACGUGAUUGUGCCUCUUGUGGGGCCGAUCCGUCGGGGAGGAUGCAACGACAAGGCAGAAACGACCUGCGCACGCAUGGAUCCUGUGGUGCUCUGCGAUGUGCUUAAGAAGUAUCUUCCUGUGCGCAAGCCGACGGGCAGCUGUCGUCACAGAGAUGCGUUUGCGUACUUGUAAAUGGUUAAUAUUUCUUUGGUUUGAGUCUCCAAAGUUCUGGGGGGAUCCCCUUUGAUCACUUUGGCCAAUUAUUAAGAGGGUAACUCGAUAACACCGACGUGACUUCAUUCCAAAGUUUAACGUCUAUUUGUUCAGGUUUACAAGCGUCACCUCGCCUCCCCCCACCGCGUUACAUGCAGACGGACGGACGGAACUCUGCACUGACCCCUUCAGCAUUAGUGCGCCUCAAGAAGACGUGUGUGGGUUGUCGCGUUCUGCGGGCAUCGUCACCCCUGUCCCCACGCCGAGUGUUUGCGAACGCAUUAUUGGCCACAGAGAUUAACCCUGCGACACUUUAGAGUCUUGACACUGCACGGCUUUAGGUGCAAUGACGUGUCGAUUUCAUGUCCAUUCUUACCCCCCCCCAACAAAGCCACGAGAGGCCGCGCGACAUCCACUGCGGUGUUAAAACAGUUGAUGAAUCGAGUUGCAAAAACGGAGUCGUUGGCAAAUUGGCAGCUCGUGGGGGAGUCUGGAUUCUGCCCAUGAAUCGCAUUCUGUACACGUUCCCCCAUCUUCGCAUUGACUGGAAAAUGGGGCCAAGAUAGGAAAUGGAGGAGUUUGCUUUGGCCCCAAAUACAUACCUGUCAACCCAUACGGUUUACCCUGUAUUCUUGUACAGGGAAAUUGAGUUUUCAGGUCCGUACGGCGUACAGCCGUUUCAAUACGGGGAAAAAGUAUUUUUUUUGGUCUAUUUGUGUUUCUCCCUUGUGAUGGGACUUUGUAGGAUGAACGUUGAGAUGUAUAAAGGGCACGGGGUGACCACUAAGGUCUGAAUUGGUCUGUAAUAAGGUAGGCAGCACUGAUGAGGUGUUGACAGGUAACAAUGCCGGAUUAAACUAGUGCGGGGCCUGUAGCAUAUGUUAUAAAGGGGCCCUAAAUAUAAGAAAGCACAAAUAUAAAAAACACUAAAAUUUUACUUGCCUAGUAAAGUAAUUCUAUCUUUUCAUUUGCUAUACAGCCAGAUAGUACGACAAAUCGCUAACCUUAAACACCCAGUCGUUCAUAAAAGUUGAAGGCGGUAUAGUACUAUAGUAAUAGAGCAAGUGCAGAAUCACUGAACAUGAAUUGAUGGCUUGAAAGCAUUUAGCGUGGGGCCCUUGAAAGUGCGGGGCCCAUAGCUACUACAUAUGUAGCUACUACACGUGUAGUAGUAGCUACUAUGCAUGUAGCUACUACUACACGAGUAGCUACUACGCAUGUAGCUACUUGUGUAGCUCCAUAUGUAGUUACUUGUGCUACACGUGUGUGUAGUAGCUACUACACAUAUGUAGCUACUUGUGCUACUGGGAUAAUCCGGCACCGACAGUUAAGCAGCAAAUUUGACGUCGCCUCCCGAAACGUCGCCUGCAUUUCCUGCUCCGAGUGGCGGCGCGUGGCACCGUGUUGACGAUUGGCGCGUUCACUUUGCGUAAACUAUUAACGUCUAAAAAUGUUGACUUUUUUUAAAUAAUGGAGCAUUACUUUAGAAGUUCAAAUUCAGCGAUGAAUGUUAUAAAAUUGAUUCGAUUCAAUUGAGUGCAUAAGCAAAUGAAAGUUCUUUCAAGUGUAAUCGUACAUUUUACACGUACGACUACGUGUACGCUGCACUUCUUUCGCACCGCACGUAGCCAGCCGUGCUAAUCCGAAGUGCGGUGUAAGGACAACAAACAAACUAAACGCAACAAAAAAAUCUAGACGAUUUAAAAGAGCAUGCCUCCAGCGGCUUCCUAAUAUCGGAAGGAAAGAGAACGUUCCAGACGGCCGCAGAAGACCAUCUAAAAAGUGCGCGAUACGCGUGGCAACACGGGAACCCGUACGAAAUGUUCCCUUAACGGCGAAAGUCAUCGCCACGCGUAAUCCAUCCCGGGAGCGACCUCCAUGCGUGUCGCGCACACAGCACGCGACACGCAUGGAAGGGGGUUUGGGGGGUGUCUCUUGCGUUUGCGUUGGGUUCAGUAAAACCCCCUCGGCAAAGUGCAGCCGGCUUCAACUGCCUGGAGCUUCUCAAUAAGAGACAACGAUUGCCCAUUGUGUUCAUCAAUCGCUCGCGUUCGCCGGUGUAUUGUCCUCGGCGAUGCUGCUCAAGCCCGUCUCGUCACCUCAUUCAUUCGGCGCAGGUGCUCGACGUCUCGCCCAGCGGCGCUCUCCGAUCGGACGCGUUCUCGUGAUACUUGUAACGUCCGCGUAAGAAGCCGUGGAAUCGAUGCCGAGUGUAUUAAUUCACUUCGUGACCGCCCUGCAGCCGUGCUUGAUGUAACAGUUGAUGCUUUUUUUGCAUUCCUGGUGAGCUGUACACUGGGUGCUUCGCUAAUUUAACUCUAUAUAUGAAUUGGUGUCGACGUUUGAAUUGCAUGCGUGGAAACACGCGCCUUGCGACGAUUUUGCCGGGCAGCUCGAAAGGCGCCUUGCGACGGAGUGAGCGGUCGUUUUAUCCCUUCGGGGAUGGGAGGUUCGGGGUAGAGGAGCAGCCUCGAGUUCACAUCGCACGCGACCCACGCGACUCGCACGGGAGCAUUCGCGUUAAAGGCGCAGCCCCAGCAACUGCUCGCUCACGCCACCUGCUGCGGAAGGCACCUCCACUGGAGCAUUAAAGAACGUGCAAGUGUUUGCGCGUAGGAUUACAAAUCCGCUCGCGAUCCGAGUGUGGCCUUUGUUUUCGUCUGGCUCGGGCGCACAGACGUUUGAGCGGUUCUGUGCGAGCCGCUCUCUCCCGCGUUGCUUGUGGACAAUUCGACGAGUUGAGGUGACGGAUCUCGCGUUUGUUCUGAGAGUGGAGACCAGCUGAGAUUCCUCACCGCAGCUCCUGAGGUUGUCCACAAUGGUGCGCGAGGUUGGCGCACGCGACGACGUCUUCUCCCCCCCCCCCCGCCCCUGUUGGUCGGCGAGGCAAAUGCAUCCAUCUCAAGGUGCGGGGAUCCCUUUGAUCAAUGUGGCCAGUGUUCUAGUAGGGUGGUAAUAAUCACAAUUUGGUUAUUUAUCGAGGAAAGCCGCACGACUUUUUUUUUCUUUCCACGAGGGUCCUGUAGUUGGGUUUUGAUUUUAAGAUGGUUUCAACCAUUUAAAUGAUGUCCUCAUAACAAGCGAGAGUAAACCCAAGCGCAUUCGGGGUGCUACCACCCGGAUGGAAACCGAUGGCGCUUUGUCCACUUGCUGUACUGCCCCCUCCUGGCGAUCCAGGGUAUAGGCCAACCUCGGACGCCACCCACGGCCAGGAUUUUCAUCGCCACCCGAGACCAGAGGUUGCAAACGGGUUUUGAUUCCUUACCCGUACCCGGCCGCACCAGGGUCGCAAACGGGUACCCGUACCCGACCGGGUACGGGUAGCCGUUCCCUACCCGUACCCUACCCGAAAUGAGUGACAAACGGCUACUCUAUUUUUCGAUUUAAAGCUUUCGUGACUGCAGGGAUUCAUCUUCUUGGUUCUUUCGGUAAAGUCACGUAGAAGGGAAGUAAUAAAAUAAUAAAAAUAAAACAUAAAAUACGGCUACUCACCAGUGACUUACCCGUACCCGGCCGCACCAGUGUCGCAAACGGGUACCCGUACCCGGCCGGGUACGGGUAGCCAGGUAUCGGGUAGGGUACGGGUAUCGGGUACCCAGUUGCGACCUCUGGUCCCACCACCACCACCAAACAACCCUCUCCGCCUCCACUACCGCCCGAACAGCGGCACCAUUUGAUAGUCGACUGUUGUUGUUCACGUUCAUCUUUACACCGUUUCCGUGACCGUUACAGACGGGACGGAGAUGAUGGCACGAACGCGUUUGACUUUGGUUGGGAAGGAGUUUUGAGCAGCAGUGUCAACCCCCCCACCCCCCCAUCCUCCCCCCGGGGUCAGUUUGUUGGCGAGACAUUCGGCGGGCGAAUUGAAAUGUGGCGCGGUGACGCAACCGGACUUGGUGGUUACCGAUAAAUGUUUGCCCCCCGCCCCCCUUCCUUUUGUAAAAUAGUACCUUUCGUUUCAUUGGUUAAAUGGUGAUGAUAUUAAAAAGCCUGUUGCGUGUGUUA